GGAGGCCAUCUGGAGCCCAGCACAGAGGCCCCCGACGACACUCCCCACCCCGUCUUGCUUUUAUUUUCCUAGCGUCAUUGCACCAGUCUGCCACUCACGCUGCCACGGCAUGCUCUGGCCAAGCGCCUCACGCAUCAGGGCCAGCAGCCAGCAAACUCACCCCAAGGGUCAAAGGGCCCUGGCGCAAAAGUGGCUUUUGCUCUCCCACUACUUUUACUGGGGGCCAUGGCCGCAUCCUAGGGCGGCCUUUGGACAAUACAUAUAUCCAACUUCGCCCCCCUUCGACAUCGUGAAGCAGUCCAGGCCUUUUGAUCAGCAACCCUUCUCCAGGCAAGACGCCCUCCUUCGACACGGUUGCCCAGCUCCAGACCAGAACCCAUACGGAGCAGCAUCCUUCCCCCCCAUCAUCGCCCGUGUGCGACUAACCCCAACCACGCCCGCCCUGUCUCCCUUCGCUACCGGACUGCCGGCCUUCCGUGUCCAUCGCCAUUUCGAGGAGCUCGCAUGUGCCAUCAAGAAGAGAGAUUUCACGCCUCAUAGAUACCCAGAACGGAGAAGAUAGAACACUGACCAGUUGUCCCAUUUCACCUCGCCGACCCGUGUCACGGUUCCACGUUCCGAGCGCCCACGGGAUAAUCCUUCAAUUCCAUGUAAGCUCCCGCCUGGCAGAUUCGACAUUUCCUUCCUG